GGACCAGCCUGGGAGAAGAACCUCGCCAGGAACAUCCUUCAUCCACAGCAUCGUUUGGACCAGCUGAAUGAUGCUGGUACCCGGGCUGUAGCAUUCUUCCUCCUUCUCUACCCUCCCUUUCCUGAUGCUGAGAGCAUCCCCCUCCUGCUAAACCCAUCAGGAUGCCGGCCUCGGUAUUGUCCCUAUAGGGGGGCACUGGGGGGGCCUUGCCUCGCCUUGCUGUACCCCUUCUCAUCCCACCACCCCCUGUUUCUGAUUGUUGCUCAGAAGGGCAACAGACAAAAGCCAUGUCCGGUGGCAAAGAAGCAGGUGGGGUCCACCCUUACCAGUCGCAACAGAGCCAGCAACAUGCUCAGUAUGUGGGGCCCUAUCGGCUGGAGAAGACUCUGGGGAAAGGGCAGACCGGUCUGGUGAAGCUGGGCGUACACUGCAUCACAGGGCAGAAAGUUGCUAUUAAGAUAGUGAACCGUGAAAAGCUUUCUGAGUCUGUACUGAUGAAGGUGGAACGGGAAAUUGCCAUUCUGAAGCUGAUUGAACACCCUCACGUACUCAAACUUCAUGAUGUCUACGAGAACAAAAAAUACUUGUACCUCGUCUUGGAACAUGUCUCAGGAGGUGAACUUUUCGAUUACUUGGUGAAGAAAGGCCGUCUGACCCCCAAGGAAGCUAGGAAGUUUUUCCGACAAAUUGUCUCGGCUUUGGAUUUCUGCCACAGCUAUUCUAUAUGCCACCGAGACUUGAAACCUGAGAAUUUAUUGCUGGAUGAGAAGAACAACAUUAGGAUUGCAGAUUUCGGCAUGGCCUCCCUGCAGGUCGGAGAUAGCCUGCUGGAAACAAGUUGUGGUUCUCCUCACUAUGCAUGUCCAGAGGUGAUUAAGGGGGAGAAGUACGAUGGACGUCGUGCAGACAUGUGGAGUUGUGGUGUCAUCCUCUUUGCCCUCCUGGUGGGGGCGCUACCCUUUGAUGAUGACAACCUACGGCAGCUUUUGGAAAAAGUGAAACGUGGGAUUUUUCACAUGCCCCAUUUCAUUCCGCCAGACUGUCAGAAUCUCCUGCGGGGCAUGAUUGAGGUGGAGCCAGAGAAACGCCUCAGUCUGGAACAGAUUCAGAAACAUCCAUGGUUCUUGGGAGGGAAGAAUGAACCAGAACCAGAACAACCGAUCCCUCGGAAGGUAGCAAUUCGACGGAUUCAGUCAGUCAGUGAACUGGACCCUGAUGUGUUGGAUAGCAUGCACUCGUUGGGAUGUUUCCGUGAUAAGAACAAGCUAAAGCAAGAGUUGCAAAAUGAAGGAGAAAAUCAGGAGAAAAUGAUUUAUUACCUUCUGCUUGACCGCAAAGAGAGAUAUCCCAGCUGUGAGGAUGAGGACCUGCCUCCACGCAAUGAUGUUGACCCUCCUCGGAAGCGAGUUGACUCCCCUAUGCUGAACCGACAUGGCAAACGCCGACCUGAGCGGAAGUCCAUGGAAGUCUUGAGUGUCACAGAUGGUGGUUCUCCAGUCCCAGCCCGACGGGCUAUAGAGAUGGCACAACAUAGUCAGAGGUCUCGAUCUGUAAGUGGUGCCUCCACUGGCUUAUCUUCUAGUCCCCUCAGUAGCCCCAGGAGCCCCAUCUUCAGCUUCUCUCUCCCAUCACCUCCCCCUGCCCCUGUGAAGACUCAGACGCUUCCUGCCAAGGGCAGCCCAGCGAGGGAGGGGGCCCUCCAGAGUCGAUGUUCCACCCCCUUCCCUCUGCCUCCCAACUCUCCACCCCCUCACCCACCCUCCUCUCCCCAUUGCUUUUUCCCCUCUACUAAACCCCCACCCAAAUCUGUGCUGCAGGUCACUCCCCACCCCUCCCCUCGGGGAAGCCCCCUCCCCACUCCGCUCGGCACUCCUGUGCACACGCCUAAAGAGAGCCCCAGCGGCACUCCGUGCGGGACGCCCCCGAGCAGUCCUGGUGUGGCCGGCGUGGCAUGGAAAACCCGCUUGAACUCUAUCAAGAACAGCUUCCUUGGUUCUCCACGCUUCCAUCGUCGGAAACUGCAAGUUCCCACGCCAGAAGAAAUGUCUAGUCUUACACCAGAAUCAUCCCCAGAGCUUGCCAAGAAAUCCUGGUUUGGAAAUUUUAUCAACUUAGACAAAGAAGAACAAAUUUUUGUGGUCAUCAAAGACAAACCCCUGAGUUCCAUCAAGGCUGAUAUUGUACACGCCUUCCUCUCAAUCCCCAGCCUGAGUCACAGCGUUAUAUCCCAAACAAGCUUUCGGGCCGAAUAUAAAUCAUCGGGUGGCCCCUCCGUCUUCCAAAAACCUGUCAAGUUCCAAGUUGACAUCAGCUACUCUGAGGUGGGAGAGGCACACAAGGACAGUGGGAUCUACUCAGUCACUUUCACUCUCAUCUCAGGUCCCAGCCGUCGGUUUAAGCGGGUUGUGGAAACGAUUCAGGCACAACUACUCAGCACACAUGACCAGCCUUCUGUGCAAGCCCUUGCAGACGAAAAGAAUGGGCAACAGCUCCGUUUCCCAGGCACCCCAACCCGCAGCUGCCAGCCAUCUCGCCGCUCUGAAUCAGACAUCCCAACCGAACAACAUCGACAUGGGUCCAAGGACAAGAAGCUUGUCUCCUCUAACGGGACUCAAGUCCAGCAACCACAAACUCCGUCCCCACAGCAGCCAUGACAUAUGGAGCAGGAGAGCAGUACGUGGGUGGCUGGGGGGGAAAAAGCAGCUGAAAGAAGCCACCUCCAGCCCCCUGGAAAUAGCUAAAGCCACCCAUAAUGGACAGGAGGAGCCAACCAGCCCCAUGGAUGGGUCAAGGCCCACCAGGGACGCAAGGGACAGGGUGGGAAGAUGGAGAUUGGUCCAGAUUUAAUGACCCCAACUCACCCUGGGGCAAAAAGGGGCCAUGUUGGGAGAGGCCCAUACUGUGAACUUGUAAAUAGCUAACGAAGAACAGAAAACAGAACAAAUCCACAAAAGAACAAGAGGUGGGCGGGAAAACACAACAUGGAACCGAAAACAAAGACAAUGGACUGAAGGGGGAAAAAAGGAAAACACACAUGAGGAGAGAAACCGGGCAGGAGCCGGUGGGA